AUGUGACGCAAACUAACAGAUUACAGACAAGUUGUGCAAAAUGACCACAGACAUUACCGGUCGUCUUCCACUCAAUGUCUAUGUCAUCAUUCUUGGGAUAGGCCUCUUCAUCUUCAUGUUGAGCAUGAUCUUCUGUUGCUACCUGUUCAGACUGAGGCGACAGGGCACACAAGAACAAUAUGGAUAUAAUGAGGUCGUUCUAAAAGGUCCAGGGAAAAAAUUGAGUCUUCUUGGACAGACCUGUGCAGUUUGCCUGGAAGAGUUUCGGAGCCGGGAUGAACUAGGGGUUUGCCCUUGUUCUCAUGCGUUUCACAAGAAGUGUCUGGUGAAGUGGCUGGAAAUUCGCAGCGUCUGCCCCAUGUGCAACAAGCCCAUCUGCAGGCUCCAGCCAGACCCUCUGCAGGGGGCAGAGGGGCCCCAGAACCCCCUGGAGGUGUGACAGAAGAGGGACAUCGCUGCUCAGAGAUAGGCAGGCUCUCACACACUUAAGAACAGCGUUAAAAAUCACCACACUACUGGAGCGGACGGACUAGUCCCAAAUACACAUCCACCGCCCCUGUCCACCAAUCACCAGAUUUCUCCUGCAUAGAUGGGGGGAGGGAAGGGAAGUGGGAUUUUCCCAGUGGAACUGAACUGAUGUGCCGUGUUCUUGGUCAUAAUGUAGCUUGCAUCAAGAUAAAUUGAUGCCUUGUGGAGAUGCACAAAACAUGAGGUCUGAGUUGACACUGUGCAAUAUGUGCAAGCAUACAGUAGUACCCGUCUAAGGGAGACUGUGGUCACUAUUAAUACCAUAAAGAGUAAAGUUUAGGAAUGCCUAGUUACAGAAUCCAAAGUUAGGAGCCUGAGUCCUGACCUUAAGGAUCUGUGAGCUCAUCGUUUUUUACUCUUGCCAAUAUUUUGACAUUUGACACUCAUAAAUGUGUUUCUUUAGAGUGUUCUGAGUGCUAAAGGGAGCUCAUAGUCUUGAUGAGAACCCAUGCUGUAAUCCAGAACCCUCAGAUUUAGAUGGAAUUUGGCCUAAUUUAAGUUAUUUAAGGUGGAUGUUUUGUACUAUAUUUGGCUCUCAAUAAAAUGUAAAGUUUCUGUGAUGGAACAAA